CGAUUACGAUAACAAAAACAAUGUAUGGAAUAUUUACUUGAAACCAUUCAUUUUCUUGUUAUUUAAGAAAAUUCAAAGAGUAAAAUAUUUACCACAUGAACCUUUUAUUCUUCCUUAUGUCACUUGUGAGAAAUGUGUGAAUCGUAUGGUAAUGAUAAGAAUUGAAUGUUCUUGUUUAUCAUGAAUAAUAAUCAAUACCAUCAAUAAUCGUUUUCCAAUGAAUAAUUUACAAUAUUAUAAUUAAUAUUUUGCAUCAAAAUUAGCCUAUUUUGCAAUCACUCCACUCAAUACAUUACCCAGAUUCACUGCACCCUGGCUAGCCGCCAUCUUGAUUUUAGCAGAGUUUUUGCAGGGUCUCUAAUCAAAAAUUUAUACAAAUAAGUGAAAUCAGGUGUUAAGUUUUCUAUUUUCCGUGUAAUGAUUCCGGCAUUCUUUCGAUUAUCAUUUUUCUGCAUUAUGAAUUUGUACUAAAAGCCCUGGAGAGAAAAUUUCGGGGUUUGUUCUUAUAAGGUGAAGUGAGAAAGCCUUCUGCUAGUCUUCUCCAGGCCAGUUUCCUAGCUAUUUUUCUACAGUAAUCGUAUUAUAAAUUUUACAUUAUGAGUAGGACACCGUCUGGGAAAAUUACGGUUCCAGACGAACUUCGUGAUGUAUUGCUAGAAUUCACAAUAAGCUACUUGUUAGAUCAGCCUCCUGAUGUGGUUGAAUUUGCUAUCAACUUCUUCACAAAUAUGAGGGAAAACCGAAGAACCGGAGGCCGAUCAUCGCCAGACUCGAUCAUCUCUGACGAUGAGCCUGAAAUUUUGCGUAAGGAAGGCAGAAGAAAAUCUGUGUUUGCAGAAACUUACGAUCCUUCGGAUGACUCCGACGAAGGACAAAAGGUUGUACAUCCGAAAACAGAUGAGCAGAGAAAAAGCUUAGCGGAAUCUGUAAAGAAUAUACUUCUAUUUAGAUCUCUAGAUAAAGAACAAAUGAAUGAAGUAUUGGACGCCAUGUUUGAGAAGAGAGUUAACAAAGAUGAAUUCGUCAUCAAGCAAGGCGAUGAUGGAGAUAACUUCUAUGUCAUUGAAUCUGGUGAAUUCGAGGCAUACGUGCAGGACGACUCGGGUGAGCCGAUGCUGAUUCACACGUAUCACGGCAAGGGCAGCUUUGGCGAGCUGGCUCUGCUCUACAACAUGCCACGAGCCGCCUCCAUCAAGGCCGCCUCUCAGGGCGCACUCUGGGCCAUGGACCGCAUCACUUUCAGGCGCAUCGUGCUCAAGAGCGCGUUCCGCAAGCGCAAGAUGUACGAGCAGCUGAUCGAUGUGGUGCCGAUGCUGAAGACGCUGCAGAACUACGAGCGCAUGAACCUGGCCGAUGCCCUCAUCCCCAAGGUCUACCAGGAGGGCGAGACCAUCAUCAAGCAGGGUGACUCAGCCGACGGCAUGUACUUCGUCGAGUCCGGCACUGUCCGCAUCACCAUCAUCGGCGACAACAAUCAGGAGACCGAGAUAAAACGUAUUACAAAAGGCAGUUACUUCGGAGAGUUGGCUUUGGUCACGCAUAAGCCCAGAGCAGCCUCAGCCUACUCUGUUGGAGAAACAAAACUUGCUUUUCUAGAAGUGGAUGCUUUCGAACGUCUGCUGGGCCCGUGCAUGGACAUCAUGAAGCGCAACAUUGAUGACUACGAGACUCAGCUGGUGAAAAUAUUCGGUUCAAAGCAGAACAUUUCCGAUGUACGAUGAAAGCCUUGCUACUACAAUCUGUAGUUUGUUGACACUGUACGUAUUUACCUCCUUCCUAACCACUCAAUAACAUUAUACGAGCUUAAAAUAUGAUUUCACAUACAACCUUGAACAAAAUUGAAGAUUUACGUCAAAUCAUUAUGUUUUCUCUCGGAACAAUUCAAGCUCUUUGUGAAGCUGCUAUUUUCUAUUUGCAACGACCAGUAUUAAGAUGAAUUGAAUAAAUUAUUUUCUCAACCACUCUCAUCAAUUUUAUUUAUUUGUAGAUUUGAACUAUUUUAAAUCAUCGAAUGAAAGCUGGUCGUUUUACCAUUGUGUUGUGGUUGCUUCCCCAUGGUAAGUCAUAGUACCAUUCAAUAUUCAACUAACAUGUAUUCAAAAUACCCAAAAUUUGAUAUGAUCUGGAGAUCAGUCUGUUGGAGUAUUUUGGAUUAUUAUUAUUUAAAAAAUGGUAAUAAAAUUGAGAUGGGUGUCGUCUGAUCCUGGUUGUAGUAAAUAAUGUGUGUGUGUACGUGUAAAAUCGAUAAUAGUUAUAAGUACAUGUUUAUCAAACAAAAAUCUGUUAUUUAAUGUCCCUAAAAUGAAAAGGCUAAGAUACGUUCAAAUGAAAACUAUUAAUGAAUUACUGUUUGAAGAUACGUUUUAGUUGAAGAUCAGAACAAUUUUGUUUCUUAAUGAGUUGUUGAAAGAAAUGUAGCCUGAUUUCUAUAACUAAUAUUGACUUCGCAUUCAAAAUAAAUAACAUUAUUUAUUUUUUAAAUGAAUAUAGAACUAGUGGCUUUCGGAUUUUAUUCGAAAUAGAUGCUUAUAUUUAGAUUGAUUAUAUUUCUUUUAAAAUACCUGGAUGGAAAUAUUUUGGAUUCUUGUGCAAUAUCUGAACUAUCCGUUUAGAAGACAAUCAGAAAAAUACUUAAUGUCCUUGAUAGAUUACCAAAUUAGACAACUUAAAUGAAGGGUAUUUAUGAUUCCAUCACAGUUAAAUAAGUGGAGCUUGAGACGAAAAACGUUGAUCUAUGUUGAAACCUCCUAUUAGUUUGUAGUCUAUGCAUACAUUUUUGCUUGCAUUGCGAAAAAAUUCAUCAAAACAAGUUUUGGGAAGAUACCUUUCUUACCGAAGAAAGUUAUAAGGAAAGUAACUAAUAUUAAAGAUAUUUUCUAUUAAGAACUUGAAAACUUAAUGAUUUUUUAGUUUUAAUCGGCUCCCUAGUAACUAUAUAGUGGAUGUAUUUUAUCAGAUCUUACUAAAAUAAGGUCUGGAUUCCCCUUUAAAUCUUCUAAUGCUUGAGCAAGUGUAGCUCCAAUAUAUUUUGAAACUCCACAUACUGUAGUACUUUGAAAUUGAAUCGGAAUUUGUUGAGUAAAUUCGAUCCUUGGGGCUGCUUUGUUCUCUAAUAGUGCUACGAAAUUGAUGUCAAGUCAAGUAAUAAAUGGCUUUUCACUCAUCAAUCUAAUAAAUAAUUAACCUUUAUGUGUUCGCUUGUUAAUUGUUGUUGGACCAUUAGCAUAAUAUAUUCAAAAUGCCAUAUAGUAAUAAUAUAAAUGAAUGUGUUGAUUGUCCUCUUUUAGUACAAUUCAGAAUAGUUAUUGCUAGUAUUAUUGAUGAACGACUGUAUUGAAAUCUUCGUAUGAUAUUUUAUGCUGAUGAUGAAACUUUUCUAAAGCUGCUUAAACUUUGACCAAAUUUCUUAUCAAUAACCUUCUACUUUACUCAUUUUCUCUUUUCUAUUAUUCUCGGUAGUUUUUAACAGCAGCACAUUUCACGCACACUCAAUUUUUCAAAGCACAUUAAACAGCCGGAACAUUUUUUAUUAUUACGCACCGACUUAUUUGCUUCAUUUCUCAAGUCAUUCUGUUGACCCAGGUUUUGUAUUGCUUCUUAAUCAAUACGGCACUGCCUUAUAAUAUGAUCAAUUGUAAUUGGAAUAAUAUAAUUUCUAACUUGCUUAAGUACUACUGUGAUACGGCCAAUUAGUUAUUUUAAUACACUUAACAGCAAACUGGCGACCAAUUGAAUUUAUUACAUUAAUUAUUAUUGUAAAUUUCGUAAUAAAUUUGAGAGUUAAAAUCUUUAUAAAGUUUCAUUAGCAGUAAGAGCAGAAGAAUAUAUUUAUAUAUUUAUAAUCUGAAGUCAAUAAUCAUAUAUUUAUUAAUGUAAUAAUUAUUAUUAUUCCUUGUUUGCUUUUUUAAUUUUAAGCUUUGCAACUCUUUCAUUGUAAAGUUGUGUUAUUAAGUCCAUCACUAUCAAUUUACAAAUUUACUUAAUAUAUUAUGCUUUUUAAUCGAAUGAUAAAAUAGCUUAUUAGAUUUCCAACUCUUGUUGAAAUAAAUCUUGAUUUUAAAGCUGCGACGAUAGCUGUACCUAUUCCUGAAAUACAAAGCAAUGGAAUAACAUGUUGAAUCAUGUUAUUACUAAGCAAAACCAAUGCGCAGUAAUAUUGUAAACAAUAAUAAAUACUGUUUUUCGCAAGAGAAAGAAAAUAAAUUUCAUACUUCAUUGAAGAAGUUUUGGGCAAUUGCCUGUUUUUCUUUUCCGAUUAUUGUAUUGAUUGUGCUAACCUAAUAAAUAAAUAAAAACAGAAUCUGUCAUCACUAAUCCAAUACAUUUAUAAGAUAGGAAAAUAUAUUUCCAAGUAAGAAAAACCUUACUUUUAAAUGUUAAUAAUACAUUUCAAUAUUGUCAAUUUAUAUUAAUUUACAUUAAAAUACAGUGCAUAAGAGUGAUCUAAUAAUUCUCAAUGUAUUUUUUCAAUUGUUACUCUGUAGGGCAUGAGUUUUUAUCGUCAGAUCUAUUUUAUGCAGAAAAAAAUUGAGAAAUUGAUUGUGCGCAUUUACUGUAUACAAUAUUAUAUAAUAUUGAGUAAUUCUUGCUAUUAGAUUUGUUUAAAAUGUUCAAAAACUGGCGAUUAUACUUAAUCAUCAUUAUUGUUUACCAUUUACAAUCUUCUAUACAAGUUGCUGAAACACAAAAUUCAAAAAUAUUCUCGAGUAAAUAAUUUUUGCUAAGGUAUUAAUUAUGUUUGUUUAACUACUGUGAAAAAUAUUCAAAUUCUUUCACAUUGAAGCUAAUGGGCUGCUUAUGUUUACUUAUUUCUUAUCUGGAAGUGUUCACGACACAAAGAACUUCGUCUUUGACUUCUUUAUCGCUUAGAGCUAGACUAAUCAUAAAUUUGUCUAGCGAUAUUCUUAACUGGGAGAAAACCAUGUGCUAGUACAUUUACAUUGGAUUUUCUCAACCUUCAUUAGGGAAACCACUCGAAAAUUCGAAUUCAAGCUCUGACAAUUUGACAUUACAAAUAAUUUGGUAUUGGUCGAUCUUUGUUCGAGAAUAGUUGUAAAUUUUGAAGUCAAAGAAGUCUUGGUCAAAGCAAGUUUCUAAAUGAAGCAAUACUAAUCUGCAAACUAUCGUAAUCCUAGAUGUCAAAAAUUCUGAAUAUCUUGAUAUUGUCUGUCCCAAAUUCCAUUACGUAUUUGUGUAAGUGUUACAUUAUUAAUGUUACGUGAAACUGUGUAAAGGACUAUUUGAUAUAUUGUAGUGGAGAAAAGUAUAUAUUUUGUUUUUAUAGUAGUCUUGCAUUAUCCUUUACAAGUAAACUGAUGAUAUUGAUAGUUGAUUGUUGUUACUUUUAAAAAUGUUGAUCAUGAAAUUUUUAUAAAACUAUGUAAUAGGACAUGUAUACUGCCAAAUUGUUUAAAUCAUUUCAAACAUUCAUCGGAAACUCCUAUAAUAAUAAAUUUGAAGAUACAGUCAUAAUUGGCAAGUUUAUGUUGAUAAAAAUCAAGUACUUUUUCAUUCAUCUACUGUAUCCAUAUAUUUUUAUGUUAACGCUCAUAAUUGGAAAUUUAAUAAGUCAACUAAGUUUUCAUUCGUCUUCUGUGCCUACCAUAACUUUGUCGAUUCUCCAACUCUUGUAAGUCCUCGGUUAGAGACAGCCUAUUUUUGGAAAUGUUUUCCAAUCAUUAAUGUACUCUUCUUGUAAUACAUUAUUGAAAAUUUUCUUGUAAACAUAAUUCAUCCUUGCGUGCAAUAUUUCACUCAUCAAAUCGAAUAAUUCUUAUUUAGUGCUUGGUUCAUGUUUUUAGACAUUACUAAAUAACUGGAAAAGAUUGAUAGUAUCAUCUUUCAAUAGAAUAACUUAUACUUCUUUACACUUUCAAUUUUACUGUGCUCCUUUCAAUUCAUUUAUUUUUAAUAAUUUAUGUCUUCCUCCCUUUAUCGUGUCCAAGCUUCAAUAGUAUCAACUGACAUUUUUUUACAUUGUUCAUUAUUUAAAUCUAUAAAAUUAUUAGCUACACUUGAUCCAAUUCUACUUGAAUGUCUUCAAGCAAUGUAAAUUAAUUUUCUCUGUUUAGUCUUCAGAUAAUACACUUCAUAAACGGUUCUUGUUUAAACUAAUUUCUCCAAAAUUAUUUUGAAUUUCCUCAACCUUAUGUUGAACUUUUUACAUAUUGUAACGAGUACAGGUGAAGAUGGUAGUGAUAAGAAUUUCACUUCGUGAUUAUACAUUUUUCGCUCCUUUACCUUGAAUUGAAAUAUGAAUGAUAGUAUAAUGGGGUAUUCAAUUAUCAAUAGUCUACUAUGUGAUGUAUUUACCGAUGAUACAACUGUUCGUAAUCUUCCUCUUUGCUUUCUUAAUAUCAAAACUUACAGUUACUUCUGUUUUUUGUUGCUAAACGCACAUUCAAGUUGAAGCAGGAAUUUAAUUUUUUUUAGUUAUUAAGGCUCGAAAGUGUUGAUUGCUUAGUUGGAACAUAUCAUGGAUUGGCUUUAAUAUGUCGGAUUGUUGAUGAGAUGCUUUAAACUUUUCCAGAUUAUAUUUAUUUAGUUCUCAAGAAACCUUAAACCUCUGAAAACCGUUUCAAGUUUACAUAUUUGAAACGGUUUCAAUCUUAAUGUAUUGGAGCAUUGUUUUGUUGUUAUAUUAUGUUAACUUCAUUUGUUGAAUCUCCAAAGUUUGUUAUAGAUUUAUUUAUAUUUUAAUUGGUGUCUUGUUAUUUAAAUUCAAUAGUUUAUUGUUAUUUAUUAAUCCUAUCAUUUCAGUUGUAAAAUAUUGUAUAUAGUCAUCUAAUUUUCUCAUUAAACAUUUCAUUUAUUUAUUUUAAAUAUGUUACCUGCUGUACCUUAAAAUAAUUGGUGAAUCAUGUACAAUUACUAUGAGAUAGUUCUGUCAUCAAACAUGCUAUUUGAUGAUGUCAUUGUGAGUUCUAUCUAUUAAAAUACAGAUAUUUACUAUUGAAGAGUAUUAACAGACCAAAAGUAUUAUUAAUGGAUACUGAUAAUGUACUAAUUUGUACUGAUACUUUACUAAUCAGAGUACUGAUACUUCACACUGCAUACCGUUACUGUCGGUUUUGUAUUGUCAAAUCUUAAUUUGAAUGGAAAAAUAAAUUUAUGUAUUAAUACUUUGUGUAGAAUCACAUUCCAAUAAAAAAUGACUUACUAUCA